CAUCUCAUAUUAUAAAUGACUGCAAGAUAAGAUAACAAUUGUCUUGAGCGUUAACAAGAAAUUCCAAUGCAACGCAGAAAAUAAUUAGUACGGAAUUAUCCUUAGAGCUGACAUGAAUGAAUUCUAUCUCUCUGUUUUUUGUGUGGUGCUGACAUUUGCGACCAGUCAGUCAGCACCCCAAGUGAAAACGCCCCUGGGGAAAAUAGAGGGUUUCGUGGACGAGACUGCGAAUGGCAAAACGUUUUACAGCUUCGAAGGAAUCCCCUACGCCAGACCACCGGUGGGAAAAUACAGAUUCAGGGAAGCGGUACCGCCAAAACCAUGGGAGGGGGUAUGGAAGGCCAACACCAAGCACGAAUGCAUGCAAUACAACCACUUUCCACGCUUGGAAAGCGAUCCAGUAGACGGUACGGAAGACUGCCUCUACCUCAACGUCUACACCCCCAAGAUACACGAUAAUUUGGACGUUAUCGUAUUCAUCCACGGGGGGGCUUUCAUGUUUGGCGCUGGCUUCAGAUAUGCGCCUCACAUACUCCUUGACAAGAACGUGGUAUACGUAACCUUGAAUUACAGAUUGGGACCUUUAGGGUUUCUGAGCACCGAAGAUGACGCCUCGCCUGGGAACAACGGGCUCAAGGAUCAAAUCCUCGCCUUGAAAUGGAUCAAGGAGAACAUACAGUUCUUCGGAGGUAACCCCGAGUCCAUCACCAUCUCCGGCAUGUCUGCGGGAGGGGCCAGCGUCCACUUCCACACCUUAUCGCACAAAUCCAGAGGCUUAUUCAAAGCGGCCAUAUCUAUGAGCGGCUGCAUGCUGAACCCCUGGGUCCUGAUGGAGAACCCUCUGGAGAGGGCGGUGGAGCUGGGAUCCAUGGUCGGCUGCGACAGCAAGACCACGCAGUCUCUGGUGGACUGCCUGAGGAGGAGGCCAGCGAAACAGAUCGUCCAAGCCGUGGGGAAGUUUCAGCCGUGGAAGUACAACCCUUACUCCCCAUUUGGCGCGGUGGUAGAUGAAUGGUCGAGCGAUCCAGUGUUGCCGAAACAUCCGUUGCAACUGCUCAAGGAAGGCGACGUCUCUGAUCUUCCCUGGUUGAAUUCGCAUACGUCAGGAGAAGGACUGUAUCCUGGCGCAGAUUUCUAUCCUCGAGAAAAUCUGAAAUAUAUAGACGAGCACUGGGAUGAUAUAAUGCCUCACAUUCUCCACUACAACUUUACAGUCGAGAAGACCAACAGGAAAUACGUGAAUGGGAGGAUAAGGGAAGAGUACCUAGGUACCCAGCCUAUCACACAGAAGAACUUUAAUAAAUUGAUCGAUAUAAUCGGAGAUAGACUCUUCAAGGUAGACAUAGACAAAUGUAUCAGACAUCAUGCAGCUGCCAUAAAGUCUCCAGUUUACCAUUAUUUGUUCGAUUACAGAGGCCAACAUAGUUUUACCGAAUUGAGAAGUGGCACCACAGGGAACAUCGGCGUAUCUCAUGCUGACGAUACAGCUUACGUGUUGAAGACAGCUCUGGACACGCAGUCUACGGAAGAAGAUAGGACCAUAUCGAAAUUUUUGGUUGGUACAUUCCUCCAAUUUGCAAAAACCGGAAAAACUGGCGAAGACGUGGAGUGGCCUGAGGUAUCUAAAAAUCCAGCAGAUCCUUUGAAAUACAUAAGGAUAUCUUCUGCGUUGUCUCUAGAAGAAACUGAGGAACUGGGAAAUAGGAAAUUCUGGGAUUCCCUACCUUUCGAGGAAAACGAGAAAUUGCUGAAUGUUAGAGAUGAACUCUAGUAUUGCGAUCGAGUGAAUUACACAAGAAUAAAGAGUAGAAUUGGUGUUGGUAUCAUUGGUAAUCGGUGGCAUCAAAUGUACUAGUUUUCUUUUUAUUUUUCGAAUAAAAUGUUGUUGAUA